AUGAGCCCACGUGAGAAGGUUCUGAAAACCCUGCGAAUUUUCAAAAUUGUGUUCGAAGAGCUGGCUCGGGACAAGGCUGCAAGACGAGGCAAAUCAACUGCCACGACUAGUGUUCAUCAUAAGACAAGGGAUGUUCUCUUGGAGUCGGGGAAGCAAGUCAAUGGUACAAAAAUGAUUGGACAAGUGCCCGGAGUCCAUGUUGGGGAUGAGUUUCAGUAUAAAACGGAAAUCAGUCUUGUUGGUCUUCAUUUGAGCAUUGUUCGUGGAAUCGAUUACAUGCAUAAAAGAGAUGAUGUUUUAGCUACGAGCAUUGUGGCAUCCGAAGGUAGCGGUUACUGUGAUAGAUUUGACUUCGAUGUCCUCAUAUACUCUGGCGAAGGAGGUAAUGGUAUCCGCAAGAGUCAAAAAAUACUUCACGACCAGAAAAUGGUUAGGGGAAAUUUGGCUCUAGUCAACAGCAUGAGGUUAAAAUCUCCAGUGAGGGUCAUACGUGGGUUGAAGAGAUCGGACUAUAGAGGAAAGCAUUAUGUCUAUGAUGGUCUGUACGUGGUUCAAGAUUAUUGGGAAGAGAAUGGACCAGGAGGUAAUGUUAUUUUCAAGUUCAAGCUUUGUAGAUGUCCAGGUCAACCUUCUGUGGACUGGAAACAUUACUUUUAG